AUGCUUACGAAAGGAAUGAAGUGCUUGUUCCUGGCAGCGAGAGUGCCCUUUUCGAAGAUUUUACUCACCCCAACACAGGCACGAUUUCUAUCCCAGAAAGCGACUGUUACUCACGUAAUCUUCGAUUUCGAUGGGCUUCUUGUUGAUACAGAAUCGUGCUACACAAUCGCUAAUCAAACAAUGUUACGGAAGUUUGGUCGCGAAUUUACUCAAGAACUCAAUGCAAAGAUUAUGGGAAUGAAAGAGGAUGAGGCAUUCCCUAUACUCUUGAAAGCGGUUGGCAUCGAAGAUAAAAUUACGCCGAAAGAAUACGUUGCACAAUAUGAUGUUAUUUUGGCGGAUAUGUUCCUUAAGUGUAAAGCAAUGCCAGGUGCUGAAAGGCUUGUGCGACAUUUGUCUAAAAAAGGAGUCCCAACUGCAAUGUGUUCGGGAUCUCGUAGUGAGACGUUCGGACCACGGCGCGAACCACAUAAAGAAUGGCUAGAUCUGAUAACACUUAAGGUGUUUUGUGGUAGUGAGCCACAAAUUAAGAGGGGAAAACCACACCCUGAACCGUUUUUGACUACAAUGAAUAGAUUUUCUGUGAAACCUAGCGAUCCAUCAAAAGUAUUGGUAUUCGAGGAUGCCCCAAAUGGUGGACGAGCGGCGAAAGCGGCUGGCAUGAAGUGUGUAAUGGUCCCCAAUGAACGAUUCCGCCAAGAAGCAAUGAGUGUCGGUGUUACCCAAGUGCUGCACACUCUGGAAGAAUUUCGACCGGAAGAAUACGGACUUCCUCGCUUCGACUAG